AUGGUAAUUUUGGAGACCAGGAUUUUUUUUUACCACCGACUUUCUCUCUCCUGCCUCACUCUUCUUCCUCGCAACACAGCCCCCCCUGUUUCAACCCGCCACCUUCUCUCCUCCAUAACUAUCGCCACCGUGAACCACCGGCCACGAGACCGGAUCCGUUCGAACCGUCAGCCUUCCCCUAUCACUUCCCGACCAGCCUCAGUCGUCGCCGACCUCGGAGCUCAUCGGAAACUGGAGAAAAACCCGCCGGUUUCAAUUGAUUUUCACAACCUUCAAUCUUCGUCGUCCGGCUACCAAAUCGGACGAUCAAGGUCCAAGAACAAAAGUGGUUCCAAAUUGGGUGUUUUACCUAAGUUAGGAGUUUGGGCUAGCGGUUUGGAGUUUUUCCGGCCACCGGAAAUUUCUCAAGCCACCCAAGCUGUCAGCGCGUGGGCAGCACUCGAGCACCAGUUGACCCGCAGGAGGGACCUUCCAAAGGUCCAGCGAGGUCGGACCAACCAUGUUGCCUUCGGAUACGAUGAUGUCCACGGACAUCCAGGUUGCCUUCGGAUUUUAUCAGUUGCCUUCGGUUUAGUCAGCAUGCUUGACGGCUGCCCCACGAGUUCUAUGGUACCCGGACUCGUGUGGAGCGAGGACGCGGAUCAGGUUGACCAAGGUCCCCUGAAUCCUGCGAGGUUGCAGCUCGGAUUGACUUUGUGUCACCGAGACCUGCGAGGACGUGUCACCAAUGGUGAUGCGAGGGGAAUUGACGGAUAUCAGGAAUUGACUGAAACAAAGGGUGGGGCUGUAGACGUGCAUCCAAGGGCCACCACAGGGCAUUUCCCGCUUCCCGCUCUUCCCCGUUUUGAUUUUAAAAAUUCUAUGAUGCGUGAAUUUGACAUGACUGACCUUGGGAAGAUGAGAUUUUUUCUUGGUAUUGAGGUGAUGCAAAGGGCGGAUGGAAUAUUUAUUAAUCAAAAGAAGUAUGCAUUGGAGGUAUUGAAGAGGUUUGAAAUGGACAAAAGCAAGCCAGUCCAUAAUCCCAUUGUUCCUGGUUAUAAGUUUUCAGAAGAUGAAGAUGGAGUGAAGGUUGACAUCACCUUUUAUAAACAAGUUGCAGGAAGUUUAAUGUAUUUAACUACUACUCAGCCAGAUGUGAUGUUUGCAGUGAAUCUUAUCAGUAUGUACAUGACAAAUCCUUAUGAGCUUCACUUGCAAGCUGCUAAAAGGGUCUUAAGGUAUUUAAAAGGAACAACAGACUAUGGUGUGUUUUACAAAAAGGGAGAAGAAGAGUAA